AUGGCAGAGAUUUGCAGCGAUGGGGGCCUCUUCGCCAAGGGCGGAGGCUUCAACGACUGCUACGUCCAUGUCGUUCUUGAGGCCACCAUUGCCGGGCUGGCAUUCAUCGGCGUUGCCGCGGGAUUGGUCAUCAUUCGCGACCUUCCUAGGCUGAGGGUUCAGAACAUGACCCCUAUGGAUACCUGUCGUGGAGCUUGCUGUGGCGUGCUUGUUCUGGUCGGAUUGGCAGAGUUUGCCGUCGGGUUGAGCGCUAUCGAAGUCACCGGCGUGAACGUUUCCCAGGGCAUCGGUGGCGCCUGCCUCGCAGCGGCUGCCCUUGUGGUGGCUUUCUGGCAGCAGCAGGAAGUCAAGCGUGGCCUGACGGAGAGUCUUGGCCUGAAGCUCUGGUGGGUGCUGGCCACACUGGCACAGGUGAUCACCACCUACGACCGUGCUUCCAAACCAGGUGCGGUGGCCCUGGCCUUGAAAGUCUCGGAGCUCCUGCUCUGCGUGGCAGCCACCGCGGCUUACCUGGUGCCCUCUGGACGCCGUGGCUCCACCAGAGAGCCGCCAUUGCUCAGCGAGGAGGAUGGGAUUUCAAUGGUUGGCGGCGGGGGACGUUUUGCGCGAUCCCUCAGCACGCGCGAACCUUCUCCUGAGGACCAAGUGGGCAUCAUCGGAUGGCUCGCCUUCAGCUGGUUCACGCCCAUUGUGGACCUUGCCUUUCAGCGUGACAAGGAGAGCGGGAAGCUGGAGCCCACCGACGUGUACCCCCUCACGAACAGGAACGUGGCCCACAGGCAGCUGGAACGUUUGGACCAACAGUGGCAGGUGGAGCUGCAGAAAGAGAAGCCGGCUCUUCUGUCCGCGAUGAGAAGAGCUUUCUUUGGGGAGGUCUUCAGCACUGCCUGGGUCAAGUUCCUGAACGACGUCCUCCACUUUGUCGGGCCUUUCCUCUUGAACAAGAUCAUUAAUUUCGUGAAAGGCACGGGCGAGGAAGCUGGAGAGGAGCAGUGGGUUGGAUAUAUGUACGCGAUCGGAAUGGUCCUUUCGUCGGCGUUCCAGGCUUUCCUCAUGGCCCACUACUUCCAGGGUGGCUACCAGACCGGGAUGCGCUUGCGCACGGCCCUAAUCCUCAUGUCCUACAGCAAGGCUCUGCGCGUUCUCCCUUGGCCGGUUCCACCACCACCUGAAGAAAGUGCACCAGCUGAGCCAGAGACACGUCGAUGCUGCAAGAAGACGCCCAAGAAGAAGCCGAGCCUACCAACCGGCGGUAUGGGGCAGAUGACAAACAUCAUUUCGGCUGACACGGACAAGUUCACCUUUCUCAUGCCGUACUUCAACCUUAUCUGGUCUUGUCCGCUACAGAUCAUCAUCUGCUUCAUCAUGCUCUUCAACUAUGUGAGUUGGUCGCUCUUUGCUGGUGUGGUCGUGAUGAUUGCGUUCACCAUCCUUUCAAGCACUGUGGCCGGCAAGGCCCGGAAGAUCCAGCAGGAGGCGAUGAAGGCCAAGGACGAGAGGUUGAAGAUGGAGGUGGAGCUCCUGAAGAUCGUGAAGAUCAUCAAGUUCUACGCGUGGGAGAAUGCGAUCGAAGACAAAGUGACGGAGCUUCGGAACAAGGAGCUGGUCCUGCAGCUGCGCUACAAGCUUUGGAAUGUGGCUCUCUUUCUGUCCUUCUCCCUGAGCCCGGUUCUUGUUGCGCUGGGAACUUUUGCUUCCUUCACGCUUGCCGAAGGGAAGAAUCUUGAUGCCGCGACCGCGUUUACCUCCUUGAGCCUCUUCAACAUCUUGUCCUUCCCAUUAGGCGCCAUGCCCAUGAUGGCCCGAUUCUUCAUGGAGGCUGCUGUGGCAAAGGACCGCAUUGAGGCUUUCUUGCUGAGCCCCGAGGUGUCGGAACGUCCUGCGCCUUCAACGAAGACAAGCAAUGCUCUCGAAAUCAAGACGUCUAAGCUCCAGUGGCCGGACAAGUCGCUCCUUCUGGAGGAGGUGGACAUCUCUGUCACGAAGGGCGAGAUGCUGGUCAUUGUUGGCAAGACAGGUGUCGGCAAGUCUGGGCUUUUGUAUGCGCUUCUUGGAGAGCUGCCGAUCGACCCCGCGGAUGGCAAGACGUACCUCACGGGAUCUGUCGGUUACUGUGCCCAGAGCGCAUGGAUCCGCAACGCGACGCUGCGCGACAACAUCACCAACAGCCCCUCGCUUGAAACCGACGAGCGCUACGAGGCCGUGCUCGAUGCCUGCGCCAUGCGGGCGGACCUGGAGGUGCUGCCGGAUGGUGACCAGACGAAAAUCGGAGACCGCGGUAUUAACCUUUCAGGUGGGCAGAAGCAGCGUGUGGCCUUGGCGCGAGCCGUCUACGCGAAUCCGGACAUCUACGUCUUGGAUGACGUUCUUUCAGCUUUGGACUCGCAUGUGGCCAGCCACAUCUGCAGCAAGCUGCUGCGCGGACCGCUGAUGGCUGGCAAGACAGUCGUUCUGGUUACGCACUCUCCCAAGGCCGUUCCUCUUGCCAAUCAGGUUGUUUGCUUGGACGGCAAGAAGGUGGCCUUCAAUGGAAGCUUCGAGGACUUCAAAGCCUCGAGUGCCAUGAGCGAGGAGGUGAUCCACGAGGAUGAGGCAGAGCCUGAGGCAGAGGAGGAAGGGCCCAGCAAGGACGAGAAAGAGAAGGCCGACAAGGACAAGACGGACAAGGACAAGGCAGAGAAGAGCAAUGGUGCCAAGAAGCCGGAGGCCAAGAAGGCUGCGGCGCCGGCGCACGAGGAGAGGCGCAGCGGGGCAGUCUCGUGGCAUGUCUACUCAGCGUAUGCCAAAGCUUGUGGUGGCGUUCCAGCCGUGGGCGCCUUCCUCUGCGCAGUGGCCAUCUCCGAGGGCUCCCGGAACUUCAGCGACGCUUGGCUGGCACACUGGAGCGGUACCGGGGGCAGUGCCAGUGGCCUUGGGACCUACGCUCUGGCGGCUCUCAUUUGCUUAGUUACUGGCGUCACUUACUCUACGUGCCGCGUGCUGGUUGGUCAGCGUGGGUCGCGUGUGCUGCAUGAGCGGUGCUUGCAUGCACUUCUGAGAGCGCACAUGUCUUUUUUUGACUUGACGCCCAACGGCCAGAUUCUCAACCGCCUAGCCGAGGACACCAACAUCUUGGAUUACAACCUGCCGCAGACGAUGUCUGCAAACAUCAUUUGGUUCUGGCGUGCAGCUUCGAUCGUGGUGGUGUGCAUGCUGGUGGGAUGGUACUUAAUCAUCCUCAUCGUGCCCAUGUUUCUGCUUUACGCGCGUCUUGCCAAGAGGUAUCUCCCGGCCACGCGCGACUUGCGACGUCUUGACGCAGCAGCGAGGAGCCCCAUCUUCAGUCAUUUCUCGGAGUCCAUGCAGGGUGUCUCCACUAUCCGCGCCAUGCAGCAACAGGAAAGGGCAUUGCACACCAACGUCAGCAGGCUGGAAAGCCAGAUGGAAGCCUACUACCUAAGCAACACGGCGGCUCGAUGGCUGAGUCUGCGCCUCCAGUUCAAUGGCACCAUUCUGGUGGGUGCAGUGAGCAUCCUGGGUAUCUUUCUUGCCACGAACAAGCAGGUGUCUGCGGGCCUCGUGGGAUUGGCCAUCACCUACGCGCUACGCCUCACGGAUACCUUGAACCAGGUGAAUCGCGAAUCUGCGGACAGGGAGACGCAGAUGGUAUCCGUGGAGCGCGUGCAAAACUACGUCACAAACGUCAAGCAGGAGGCGGCGCUCAGGAUCCCGCAUCCGAGAAUGGGCCCGACCUGGCCAAGCAAUGGCAACAUCCAGGUGGACGGGGUUGUCAUGCGGUACCGCGAAGGCCUGCCGACUGUCUUGAAUGGAAUUUGCCUCGAGAUCAAGGCUGGACAGAGAGUUGGAAUCGUGGGUCGAACAGGCUGCGGCAAGUCAUCCUUCCUCUCCACUCUGUUGCGGCUUGUCGAACUCGAGGCUGGCUCCAUCACUGUGGACGACGUCGACAUUAGCCAGAUCGGUCUCCACGACCUCCGAAGCAAGGUCGCCAUGAUCCCUCAGGAUCCGGCCAUCCUCACGGGAACGGUCCGUUUCAACUUGGAUCCUUUCGGUGCCAAGUCCGAUGAGGAGCUGUGGGAGGUCCUGGAGAAAAGCCAAUUACGGCCCAGAAUCGAAAGUGCUGGAGGGCUGGACAGCAAGGUGGAAGAGGGCGGCGGCAACUAUUCCGUGGGUGAGCUGCAGCUGCUGUGCUUGGCCCGCGCGCUGCUGCGCCGACAGGAGAAGGGCGGGCUCCUCCUUCUCGACGAGGCCACGAGUGCGUUGGACCAGGAGACAGAUCAAACGAUUCAGAAGGUCAUCAGGUCUGACUUCAAGUGCACCAUUAUCACCAUCGCUCACCGAAUCCAGACCUUGAUGGACUACGACAAGGUGGCGGUCUUCGAAGGUGGUGCGGUUGUGGAGUUCGAUUCGCCGCAGGAACUGCUCAAGCGUCCUUCCAAGUUUCAGGCGUUGGCCAAGGAAGGGGGAGUGGCAACUUGA